CUUGCUUUUGUCUUUCAUGGUCUUCGAUAAAAGCCCUUUUUCUCCACUCUUUCUCUUUCUUUUUGGCAGAAUACAAGAGCCGUUCAUAUCUAUGAUUAUAAACAAACCAAUAAUUAUGCUCCAUGUUUGAUUCUGUGCAAGUGUGACCAAAUCUAUGGAGUGUCAACAUCUGGUAAACACAGUAUAGUGCGUGUUUGUGUGUGCUGGAAGGCAAGAACAGCCAGAGAGCUAAGCUAAGUUGCAUAUAAGCUGUGUUUAUGUGAGUGGAUGGAAGUGUUGCGCCCAGUUUAGAUGUAGAAAAUGGGUUCGGAGCAGCAUAGAUUUCCUCCUCCCCAGCAACCGCAGCCGCUACAGCCGCCGCCGCCGCCGCCGCCUCGUACCUCCGGGCAUAAAAGAUGGGUUGGAUGUUGGGGUGGAUUGUCUUGUUUUGGCAGACAAAAAGGCGGAAAACGAAUUGUACCUGCUUCACGUAUGCCAGAGGCCAAUUCAUUGACAAAUCAGCCUAAUGGACCACAAGUGGGGGGUGUGAAUAAUCAGACUACAGGAAUUCCACCAUCACUUUUGGCUCCACCUUCUUCUCCUGCAUCCUUUUCUACUUCAGCACUCCCAUCAACAGCUCAGUCACCAAGCUGUUUCUUGUCUGCCAACUCCCCGGGAGGUCCGUCAUCAAAUAUGUAUGCUACAGGUCCAUAUGCCCAUGAGACACAACUAGUAUCUCCUCCUGUGUUCUCUACCUUCACAACUGAGCCAUCUACUGCUCCCUUCACACCUCCACCAGAAUUAGCACAUUUGACUACACCCUCUUCCCCGGAUGUGCCUUACGCUCGGUUCCUUUCUUCAUCUGUGGGUAUUAAAGGCACUGACAAGACAAACUUUGUUGUUGCUAGUGAUCUUCAUUCAGCCUACUCUUUAUAUCCAGAGAGCCCUGCUAGUAAUUUCAGAUCACCUUCUUCAAGGACCACUGGUUGCUUGCCAUCACCUCUUAAUGAAAGGGAGUAUGAUCCUUCUGUUGCUUCACAAGAGCUCAAGACUCCAGAGUCUGAUUCAGGUGGUCUCUAUGGAUUGGAAAGAGCUGGCACCUCCAAGGAUUCAAAUUUCUUCUGCCCAGCUACAUUUGCCCAAUUUUAUGAUCACUCGUUUCCUCUGUCUGGAGGCAGGUUGAGUGUCUCUAAGGAGUCUGAUGCACAUUCAAAUGCUGGAAAUGGGCAUCAGAACUGGCAGAACAAAAAUUGUAAGCAAGAUGCUGAGGAGAUUGAAGCUUACAGAGCAUCUUUUGGGUUUAGUGCUGAUGAAAUUGUUAGUACAGCUCAGUAUGUGGAGAUUACUGAUGUCUUAGAUGACUCAUUUAGUAUGACACCCUUUACCUCUGAUAAGUCUCAAGAACAGGAAAAUAUACAGAUUGUGUCAGCAGAUAAAAGGACAAAAGCAGAGAAAGCCAACAAAAACAUGUUGAGUCCACAAUAUUGUAAAUCAGGCUCAAACCAUGCUGCUGAUGUUCCAGACAGCAACAAGACAGAUAAUUGUUCAAAGAAGAAUCAUGGAAAUGCAUUUGGAGCAAGUCCUGGUGUGAGCGAUGAUGAAGAUAUUUUCUCUAAGAUGGGAAAUUCCAGACAUGGCAGGAAACAUCACUUUGGUUUGUCUAGCUCUGAUGCAGAGAUCGAGUACAGAAGAGGAAGAAGUUGGAGAGAAGGCAAAGGCAGUGGCGCAUGGCGGGGGUAAUCUGGGCAAGAAGCAUCAUUGUUGCUUUCGUUUUUGCAGGGUUGAGCCUCUUUGGUCUAACCUCCUCCUCUGCACUUGCUGAGUUCCUUGGUGUUUUGAUCAACUUAUGUGAGGAAUGUGUUUUUGUCUGUUUGUUUGAAGUUGUUUCCAAAGCAUAUGACAAGUGCAAUUGUAUAAUAUACUACUACUAUGUGUAUGUGGGAAUUAUUAAUUUAAUUAGGAGUGAAAUGGAGGUCUGAGCUUUGGUAAAGCCCAUUGUCUAUUUGCAUUUGCCAUUUGGUGAGGAGUCUCAUUGGCAAUUGGCAUGAAUGCCUUGCUAGUCUUAGUCUUGUGUAGUAGUUGUGUCUUCUUGUUUCUGCAACUCAAACUGCUUCCUUGCCUUGCCUUACUCUAAUGUAAUGUAGUUAUUGAUUUGUUU